AAGUCCCGGGUCCAGCCGCGUCUCCGUUUCUUGACCCUUCCGACCCAGCGGAGCUGCAUGCGCGCGAGGAAGCCCGGAGGGAGAGAAUGGCCGUGCUCAAGCUCGCCGACCAGCCCCCGCUGGUCCAAGCAAUUUUCAAUGGUGAUCCUGAUGAGAUACGUAUGUUGAUCUACAAAACAGAAGAUGUCAAUGCUCUGGACACAGAGAAGAGGACCCCUCUUCACGUUGCUGCUUUCCUGGGGGAUGCAGAGAUAAUUCAGCUUCUAAUCUUGUCAGGGGCACGUGUCAAUGCCAAGGACAACAUGUGGCUGACCCCUCUGCACCGAGCAGUUGCUUCAAGGAGCGAAGAAGCAGUGCAAGUAUUGAUCAAACAUUCGGCUGAUGUGAACGCCCGGGACAAGAACUGGCAGACCCCCUUGCAUGUAGCAGCUGCAAAUAAAGCCGUGAAGUGUGCCGAAGUGAUCAUUCCGCUUCUGAGUGGCGUCAACGUCUCUGACAGAGGGGGCCGGACCGCGUUACACCAUGCAGCUCUGAAUGGCCAUGUCGAAAUGGUGAACUUGCUUUUGGCUAAAGCGGCGAACAUCAAUGCCUUUGACAAAAAGGACCGGAGAGCUUUGCACUGGGCUGCGUACAUGGGCCACUUGGAAGUUGUUGCAUUGCUGAUCAGUCACGGUGCGGAGGUGACAUGUAAAGAUAAGAAGGGUUACACUCCACUUCACGCUGCUGCAUCGAAUGGGCAGAUCAGUGUGGUGAAACACUUUCUCAAUCUUGGUGUGGAGAUUGAUGAAAUGAACGUCUACGGAAAUACUGCACUUCAUAUUGCUUGUUAUAACGGGCAGGAUUCUGUGGCUAACGAACUGAUUGACUAUGGAGCUAAUGUCAACCAACCUAAUAACAGUGGAUUCACUCCCCUGCAUUUUGCUGCUGCUUCUACACAUGGAGCUCUUUGUCUGGAAUUGUUAGUAAAUAAUGGAGCAGAUGUUAACAUUCAGAGUAAAGAUGGGAAGAGUCCGUUGCACAUGACAGCUGUGCAUGGGAGGUUUACGCGGAGUCAAACUCUCAUUCAGAAUGGAGGUGAAAUUGACUGUGUUGAUAAGGAUGGCAACACCCCUCUCCAUGUGGCUGCAAGAUAUGGACAUGAGCUUUUGAUUAACACCCUAAUAACCAGUGGAGCUGACGCUGCCAAAUGUGGCGUCCACAGAAUGUUCCCCUUACACUUGGCAGCGCUGAAUGCCCAUGCCGACUGCUGUAGGAAGUUGCUGUCAUCAGGACAAAAGUAUAGCAUAGUAUCCAUGUUUAGUAAUGAGCACGUGCUGUCUGCAGGCUUUGAAAUAGACACCCCAGAUAAAUUUGGAAGAACGUGCCUCCAUGCUGCUGCUGCAGGAGGUAACGUUGAUUGUGUAAAACUCUUGCAGAGCAGUGGAGCAGAUUUCAAUAAAAAAGACAAACAUGGAAGGACACCUCUGCACUACGCAGCUGCAAAUUGUCAUUUCCAAUGUAUGGAGACGCUGGUGACCACGGGGGCCAAUAUUAACGAAACAGAUGACUGGGGACGGACGGCUUUACACUAUGCUGCUGCCUCAGACAUGGACAGAAAAAGAAAGAAUAUUUUGGGUAACUCCCAUGAAAAUGCUGAAGAACUUGAAAGAGCCAAUGAAAUGAAGGAAAAGGCAGCCUCAUUGUGUCUAGAAUUCCUUCUUCAAAAUGAAGCCAACCCGUCAAUCCAGGACAAAGAUGGGUACAAUACCGUGCAUUAUGCUGCUGCUUAUGGACACCGGCAGUGUUUAGAACUGCUUCUGGAGAAAACAAGCCACAUUUUUGAGGAAUCCGAUUCAACAGCUACAAAAAGCCCUUUGCACUUAGCUGCCUAUAAUGGUCAUCAUCAAGCCUUGGAGGUGCUUCUCCAGUCUCUGGGAGAUCUGGAUAUUAAGGAUGAAAAAGGACAUACUGCCUUGGACCUGGCUGCAUUUAAGGGACACACUGAAUGUGUGGAAGCUCUCAUCAACCAGGGUGCUUCGGUUAUGGUGAAAGAUAACGUCACCCAACGGACCCCGCUUCAUGCCGCAGUUAUCAAUGGACACACACCAUGUUUGCGGCUUUUGUUAGAAGUAGCAGAUAACCCUGAUGUGACUGAUGCGAAAGGACAAACUCCCUUGAUGCUAGCUGUGGCUUAUGGGCACAUAGAUGCCGUCGCCUUGUUACUUGAAAAAGAAGCAUCAGUGGAUGCAGCCGAUUCCUUGGGAUGCACUGCUUUACAUAGAGGGAUUAUGACAGGGCAUGAGGAGUGUGUUCAAAUGCUGUUGGAACAAGAAGCAUUGAUAAUGUGUAAGGACGCCAGAGGCAGGACACCUCUACAUUAUGCAGCAGCUCGUGGUCAUGCCACAUGGCUGAGUGAAUUGUUGCAGUUGGCGCUUUCAGAAGGGGACUACAAUUUUAAAGAUAAUCAAAGUUAUACACCUUUGCACUGGGCUUCUUAUAAUGGUAAUGAAGGCUGUAUAGAGGUACUGUUGGAACAGAAACCUUUCCGCAACUUUAUCGGGAACCCUUUCUCUCCAUUGCACUGUGCUGUAAUCAAUGAUCAUGAAAAUUGUGCGUCGCUACUCAUUGGGACCAUUGGUGUUGGCAUUGUCAAUUGUAAAGAUGACAAAGGAAGAACACCACUUCAUGCAGCAGCCUUCGCGGACCAUGUAGAAUGCUUGCAGCUUCUCUUAAGCCACAAUGCACAAGUAAAUGCUGCAGAUAAUUCAGGGAAAACACCACUUACGAUGGCUGCUGAAAAAGGACACGUAGGUGCUGUAGAUUUUUUGGUGAACAGCGCGAAGGCUGAUCUAACUUUGAAAGAUAAGAACUCGAAUACAUCCUUGCACUUGGCUAGCAGUAAAGGACAUGAAAAAUGUGCCUUGUUGAUACUUGACAAGAUACAAGAACAGAGCCUUAUUAAUGCAAAAAAUAAUGCAUUACAAACACCUCUUCAUAUUGCUGCACAGAAUGGCUUGAAGAUGGUAGUUGAGGAGUUGCUAGCAAAAGGGGCAUGUGUACGAGCAGUAGAUGAAAAUGCUUCUAGGUCAAAUGGACCCUGUUCCUCGCCUGAGAAAGAUGUACGGAAAGAAGACUGAGACUCUUAAAAUACAAAGAACUAACCAGCUAUACCACGAGGACCAAAAGGCUUCAGUAUCUUAAAUGGGAAGAUGUAUUAUUUUUUUAAUAAUGCAAGUGAAAAUUCAAAUAACUUUUCUAAUCACACGUGCACACAAAAGUCUUUUAUGUAAUUAAAGAGUCUUCUUGGCUGUAUUGUACACUUUAAGACACAAAUUUCUAGUAGACAUUUUGACAUUUGUAACUGAUGGAUGAUGUGUUGAUCACAGUUUAUUUUUCCAGACUAGAAAAUGUUCAUACUUUUAAUGUUAAAUGUGUUUAUAUUUAUUUGAAAUGAAACAAGUGCCCAGAAAAAAAGACCAUGGUUUGUUACUUUUUAAAGUUUUUAUUAUGUCUUAUUAGCUAUACAUUUAGGCAAGCCUAGCUACUGAGGUUUUGUUUUGUUUUGUUUUGUUUUUUUGUUCUUGUAUAGCAAGCUGGGUGAAAUGUGAAAGCAAAGCUCUGUUCGUGCCCAGUAUGGCAUGGGGAAUGGAGGUGUAUAUUGCAUGAUUCAAUAAAAUUGGAUGCCAGAGUAGAGGGGUCUGCAUUUUAAAAAGUCUGUAGUAUAUUUGUUCUCCCUGUGAGGAAAUGGUGUUCCACAUCUCAUAGCAAAAUGAAGACUAAAGAACCAGGAGGGAACUGCCUUUCUUCAUGAAAACAAGUUAUAUUUUGGAUCUGGGGUAGAAAACCUCAGGCCCAGGGACUAUAUGUGGCCUUCCAACCAUCUCCAUCUUGCCCUUGAGAUAAACCCCAGGCUACACCUUAUCAUCCCUUCUCCCUGGGCCACACCAU